AUGUCUGAGGAAUUGCUAGCUCGCCUCUCCGCUUUGGAGGCUGAAAACGCUAAUCUGCGCGCCUCGCAAGUGCAACCUAAUGCUACAACAAAGGUUGAGGGAGAACUUCUCAGUGAGGAGGAACUUGGUGAUAGGAAACCAUCACAAUUCCUCCGUCACCUGAAAUCUCUUGCAGGGCCCACAUUUACCGACGACAACAUCCUUCGUCAGUUAUGGCUACGACGCUUACCUCAGCAUGUUCAAGGCAUCCUCGCCGCCCAGGCCGAUCUCGGUUUGGAGAGGAUCGCCGACAUAGCUGACAAGAUUGUUGAGGCGCAACCAGCUACUGCAAAUGUUUGCGCCACUGCCGCCGCGCCUUCUCUGACCACCUUGAUGGAGCAGAUUGAGGAGCUAAGAAAGCAAGUUGCUGCUCUAUCCUCCACCCGCACUGGUCGCUUUAGGUCUCGGGAUCGCUCCUCAUCUAGAAGAAGGCAAUCUUCCCGCAAUACCACUUACAAUGCCCGCUCGAGUUGUUGGUAUCACAAGAAGUAUGGUACAAAGGCCAACAAGUGUGUUACUCCUUGCAACUGGGAGUCGGAAAACCCUCCGAGCAAUCAGUAG